AUGACGUCCUCGUUACCUGGAAACCGCGACUUGCCCGUCUCGCAGUACGAUCUGGGCACAUACUGGGGUCGCGUGCAGCACUCAGCAAAUAUAUCGGAUCCGAGAACCCUCCUCACCUCGUCAGCCAGCCUCGAAAAUGCAAAGAAGCUCGUCACCGCGUACAAGACGGGCAAGAUCCCAGAUAUGACACCGGAGCUGUGGAACGCAAAGAAGAUCAUCGACUCUACCAUACAUCCAGACACGGGACAGCCAGUCUUUCUGCCUUUCCGCAUGUCGAGCUUUGUUCUGACCAAUCUGGUCGUCACGGCUGGGAUGCUUACACCAGGUCUUGGGACGGCGGGAACACUAGGAUGGCAAGUCACCAACCAGUCCGUCAACGUCGGAAUCAACUUCUCCAACGCGAAUAAGUCGGUCCCGCUCUCUACCUCAACCAUCGUCCAGUCAUACCUCACGGCCGUCAGCGCAUCCUGCGGUGUCGCACUCGGUCUCAACGCGCUGGUGCCCCGCCUUAAGAGUCUCUCGCCCAAUGCAAAAGUCAUCGCGGGUCGGUUAGUGCCUUUCGCGGCUGUCGCAACAGCGGGUGCGCUCAAUGUGUUCUUGAUGCGCGGCGAGGAGAUCAGGCAGGGCAUCGACGUGUACCCCGCGCUAUCAGAAGCUGAGCGACAGCGAGUGGAUACAGGCGAUCUCGAGAUCAAGCCAUUGGGCAAGAGCAAGAAAGCGGCCACAUUGGCAGUGGGAGAAACAGCGCUGAGUCGUGUGCUCAAUGCAACGCCGAUCAUGGUGCUGCCUCCUCUGAUUCUUGUUAGGCUGCAGAAGACCGAGUGGCUUAAGCAGAGGCCUAGGAUGGUGACUCCUGUCAACUUGGGACUUAUUUUCACGACGUCCAUCUUCGCACUACCGCUUGCGCUCGCUGCGUUCCCACAACGUCAAGCUAUUAGUGCGAAGACGCUUGAGCCCGAGUUUCAUGAGCGCGGUGGCAAGGAUGGAAUGGUGGAGUUUAACCGUGGGAUAUGA